ACUGAAGCGGGCCAAAAGGAGCCUUUUGAGGGUAACUGAACAAAACAGAACAAUUUCGAAUCUCAAAAUAUCUCGAGGAUUCUUAAACCCUAAUUUACAAAACAGAAUCCUAUAGAUUCCCAAUCUUCAAAAUCCUUCUCUGAGUGAAACUGGCUACCUUUCGUGACGCUUAUCGCCUCGACGAGUUUGGUUAACCAGAUAGGCCCAACAGUAAAGCGAAGAAAAGGGACGAUGCAAAGUGAGCAAUAGAAUGCUUUGUUGCUAAAUUUAUCAUCAAAGGUUGUUGAAUUGAUUUGAAUUCUUCAUCCUGCAUGGAGUCUACAGCUCAUGCUGAUUAUGCUGCAUUUGAAGAUAAGGUGAGAAGGACAGUUUACCUUGACAACCUCUCACCACAAGUUACCAAAUCAGUCUUGAAAACUGCUCUUGAUCAGUUUGGGUCUGUACAGAAUGUUCAAUUUAUUCCAAAUUACAUAGAAUCAAGGACUGCACGAUGUGCUCUGGUGGAGAUGAAGAACUCAAAGGAAGCCAAAGCUGUUAUCUCAACUAUGUCUGAAUUCCCUUUCAUGAUGUCUGGAAUGCCUAGGCCUGUGAGGGCACGUGCUGCUGAAAUGGAGAUGUUUGAUGACCGUCCAAGUAAGCCUGGUAGAAAGAUAAUUUGCCGAUGGUUAGACCCUACUGAUCCUGAUUAUGAUGUAGCGCAAAAGUUGAAGAGACUUGUCAGACAACAUGAUGCUCAAUCGGCAUUCCUGCUCAAGCAACAACUGGCCCAGGAAGAGAAGCUUGCAAAGAACCAAGAAGAAGUUCUCAAGGCAAACUACAAGAAGUAUGAGAUGGUAGAAGGUGUCUUAGCCGAUGGAACUGCUCGGCGUUUGGCACGUGAAUAUGACUUACGAAUAUCAGAUGACUGAUAGAUUCUUCCCUUUUCUGUCACUGGUUUCCAGUCGUGAUUUGAACAGAAUCUAAGAUGUGGCUUUCAAUUUUCACUUUUGUUAGGGUUAUCGUUAAUAUUGUUAUGUAUCAUGGUACCAUUUCACAUCUUUUGCCUAGCUUCUUAACAACUAAUCCAAAGACUUUCAGUAGGAUUACAAUAUCACAUGUUUCUUUCAUCAGUUUCACGCUAUUGCAUUAUGAUUUCAACUGUGUCA